AUGCCUUGCCCCUUUGAAAAAAAGGAAGGAAAACAUAGAACUGAUGCAGAACAAAAUGCUCUUAAGAUAUUUAUGAAUACAUUUUAUGGUAUGGUUGGAGAUAGCAAGUCUCCUUUCUUCUUAUGUGAACUUGCUGGAGGUGUCACUUUGGCCGGACAGAGAAAUAUCAAACUCAUUGCGGAUUUUGUCAAGAGAAAGGGAUUUGGGAUAAAAUAUGGAAACACUGAUUUCUUGUAUUUAAUCUGUCCAGAAGAAUGCUUCCAGAAGUAUGAUGAGGCUUAUGUUAACG